AUGCCAUCUCGCUGGAUUCGUGUGCAGGUGACAAAAAUAUUUUUCUUGGCGGCACCGCGCGUCAACCAGGUCGAUACAUUCUACUUGUGGUUACUGCUGAAAAGAGGUGCAACACCGAGAUCCUUUGAGGACGCCCUUACAAUCAACGGCUUCGAACAUGCGACGUUCAAAGAUGCCGUCACAGCAGCCGGCCAUCUUGACGACCCCCUUCUGAAUGAGGCCGCCUUUGCUCUCCAAGAGGCUGUCGACAGCUACGCGACUCCGGAGCGAUUGCGACGCCUCUUCAUAUUAUUGGUGCGUAGCGACUUUCCGGUGGCAACCGCUUUCGACCAGUAUUACACAAACAUGAUUGAAGAAUCUUGGAAACAAGAACAUUCCAACGUCAUCGCCCAAAAACUGCAACUGCAGCGGGACCUUCAGCGCCGAUUGGUCACGGAAGGAUGUAGGCACCUCAGCCACCUCGGGAUCGACGUCCCCAAAGGCUUCGACUUGACCAAUUCCGACUUACAACACGAACGGUCGAGGACCGGGAAGGACGCCCUGUUCGACAUUCGCGGGCGUGCCGGUUGUGGCAAAACCGUCGCUAUUGGCGCUCAAACCCGUUUGGACGGGUUUCUCACGGCACCUUCGGCAUCCACCGGCUUUGCAGCGCUCAACCAGACUUUCGGCCUCACUUUCCACAGGACGUUCGAUGUACCCGUUUCGGAUCCUCGUGACGACACUGUCUUGCAAUCGAAACUCAAAACCGGCAAGCGUGCAGAACUCAUGGCCAACACUCGGAUGUGUAAACACGAACAAUUCCUACAUUUCGCUUCUCCUUCCAUUUUUGCACACUUCCUGCCAGCGUUUCCCAAAAAAGUUUUCGUCAUCGCGGGAGACACACGUCAACUCCCCCCAGUCGUCGCAAACGGUGGCGAAUCUGAAACUACUGCAGCAUCUGUUCUGUCGAGCGCGUUCUACCGGGACAACGUCGACGUAUUUCAUCUCAACACGACGAUGCGGAACAAGGACGAUCCGGAUUUUUCCAAAAUGGUCGACGCCAUCGGCGACGGGGAAGCUCCUGUGGACGCUGACGGUCUUGUCACCAUGACUGGUGUUGAUACCGCGCUAUCGUUAGAGUCGGCCAUUGACUUCGUUUUUCCCUAUUAUGUUCUCCAGAAUCCUACCGCUUGUGCAAAGCGUGGCAUCAUCUCCACUCACAAUGACUCCGUCGCACGUGUAAACGCUGCGGUUUUAUCUAGGGUGCAGGGCGACAUGUUUACCUUGCGAGGAAGAACCAUGCUCGAUCACGAGCAAAUGGAUCCUGACAGCGGCAUUCCAUCACACGAAAUAAAACUCAAAGUAGGUGUCGUCGUAAGGCUUUGUAGGAACAUGUCCAUCGACGCGCGUCUUACCAACGGCACGAAGGUCGUUGUUCAAGAAAUUCAAUCUUAUACUUUACGAGUGAAAAAUUUAAAAGACGGUGUUGCUGUCAAGCGCAUUCACUUUCCCGUGCGUUUGUGGUUUUGUUUGACUGUUCAUCGCGCACAAGGACAGACGUUGGACAAGACUUGCUUUGACCUCACACGCCAUCCUUUCGCGCACGGUCAUUUGUAUGUUGGGCUUUCUCGGGUGCGAAAGGCGGACGACGUGAUUAUUUUGACGACCCCCGACAGGGUCAACGACUAUGGUUUCGCCAAAGUUAACAAUGUCCUUUACAACAGUUUGCUACCAGUUGUUGAGGAUGAUUGA